CGUAAAAAAAUACUUCUCUGCUUUAGAUUUUUGCAUGCUCGAGAGACGGCACGCCAAAGAAUCCACCAUGGAUACCCAAGGCAGUUCGGUUGUGGAACCAUUGGCAGAGGUCCGCAUAGACGUGAGCUCAGAAGGCAUGGCAAUUAAGAAAGCUUCCCAAGACGGCCGCAAACCAACUUCAUUUGAAGACUACCAAGGGAUCACGAUUCAAUCAAAAACUAAAGAGGAUCCCAUAGAAAUAAGUUCAGAAGGCCCGACAAUUGAUAAAGCUUCUCAAGAUGGUGGCAGACCAACUUUCUUUGAAGUGUACCUGAGGAUCACGAAUCAAUCAAAAGCUUCUGAAGAUAGUGGCGGACCACUUGAAGUUAUGCCAGCACCAGUGGUCAUUGAAAAGAAUCGAUCAUUAUUUGUAGCAGCACAGAAAGGUGAUUGGAAAGCUGCCGAGAAAAUCCUCAAGAAAAAUCCCGAAAAACUGAAGGCCGAAGUUAUGACCGUAAAAGAUGAAUCCUUUACCGUGCUCAAUGUUGGGAUUAUGGCCUCACAAGAUCAAUUGGUCAAGAACCUCGUCAAGCGCUUCCCUCGAGAAUAUAAAGAUUUCGAUUUCAGUCGUUCCCUUGAGAGUGCUGCCUUGAGAGGAAGAAUAAAAAUGGUAAAGGCAUUGGUAAACCAUGUUAAACCUGAAAGUGUACGCAAUGCCCUGAAGUAUACUACUAAACAUGCUCCUAAGCAAAAGGAGGUUAUCUGGUAUCUGGCCAAAUGUAUAAAAUCCGCCCCAAUAGAUGGUACCAUGUCCAACCUUAUUAAGGCCGGCCAUUCGGACAUAGCCUUGUAUUUGGCUUGUCAACACCAAGGCUCAGCGUUACAUGACAAAAACAAGUGGAUUUUGGAAUGCUUGGCGAAGGUGGAGUCUAACUUUCAUAGUGGAGCUAGACUCAAUUUUUGGGAAAAAUCUACUGGCAAAUGUAGGUACUUCUGUAUCCCUCUAUGUCUGGUGGAUACGUCAUUCGACAACUCCAAAGACACGAAGACGGCUCGAGCACUUAAUCGGUUCAAGAUAUCACUCCCGAAUCUUGCCACAAAACCAGCACUUUUCAUCAAAAGCAUUGGAUUGAGGCACAAAUGCUCAAUUGAGUUAGCAAAAAUGGUUCUUACCCAGAUGAACGCUCAUAUGAAUACCAAGACGAACACUGAAAUACUUGAGCUUCUUUCAAGAAUUGUCCUCGACGCUGCAUCUCGUGGAAUCUGUGAAAUUGUCAAGUUAUGUUUCGAGCAUUUUCCAGAGUUGAUGUGGACCGAAAAUUUCAUAGAAAAAUUGACGAAAGAAGUUGUGAAUGGACGGCAUGUGGAGUUGUUUAGACUAGUGAGCGCACACUGCGAAAUUCCACUAUUGACUGAUGAUAAGACAAGGAAAGACGUCCCAACGAGGAAAGACAUCUUGAUGAAGGCAGUAGUAGAUUGGUCACCAAGAUGUCUACCCAAAGAUGUUUCUGGAGCACCUUUUCUUAUGCAGAGGGAGCUCCAGUGGUUUAAGGUGCUAGAAGACACGAGCAAUACUUCUUCUAGAAGUAUGAAAUUGAAGGUCGACACGAUCGAUCCUGCUUCAAAAACUAGGAGAUCGCCAAAAGAUAAAAAACCAUACUGGGAUGAUUUUGUAGAAAAACGCAAACAAUUGCUCAAAGAGGCGGGGCAAUGGAUGAAGGAUACGUCAUCAUCUUGUAGUCUCGUCUCGACUCUCAUCAUUACGGUAGCUUUUGCUGCGGCUUUUACAGCACCAGGAGGCAAUGAUGGUAGUACAGGGAUGCCGAUCUUUCUGAAAAGGGGCUCAUUCAUGGUAUUUGCAGUUGCAGAUGCUCUCGCUCUCUUCUCCUCUGUCACUGCCACCUUGAUGUUCUUGGCUAUCCUAACUUCACGUUAUGCUGCAGAAGAUUUUCUCUACUCACUACCGGAAAAAAUGAUACUGGGCCUUACUUUUCUCUUCCUCUCUUUGGCCUUUAUGCUGGUGGCAUUCAGCUCUGCUCUUACUAUAAUCCUGGGUGAACGAUUGACGUGGAUUUACGUCCCAAUUACUUUGUUGGCUGCCAUCCCCGUCGUAUUGUUCGCAAUCCUACAGCUUCCCUUGUACUUUGAAAUGGUCGAAUCCACCUAUUGGCCUCGCCUCUACCGUCCCUUGAAGCUUUGGAAAUGAUCUAUGUUAUUAUUGGACAAGGACAUUUGUGAUGUGAUAUUUGUUUGCAUUAUUACUGUGUGUGAGAUAUGACUAUCAUGGUGGUUACUUAUAAUAAA